AGACGAAAUCAAAGCCAUGCUGAGGAAGACUAAAUGGGAUCACAAGAAUACGGUCAUCUCCAUACAUGGACCUAUGAUUCUAGAUCUGAAGUCAAGUUAUAAACUAAAGGAUGGACAGGUGUUUCUUAAAUCACAUAUCAAAGAAAAGUACAAAGACUGUGCUGAUAUUCUCAAACACAGACCUCUGAGUAAAGAUGGUGUGUACACGAUUUAUCUCGGCAUGAAGACAAAGAAGUCGGUGUACUGUGACAUGACGACGAACGGAGGCGGAUGGACGGUGAUACAAAGACGACAAGAUGGCGUAACUGACUUCUACAGAAACUGGACGGACUACAAAAAUGGAUUUGGAAACGCAGACAAUGAGUAUUGGAUAGGAAAUGAUGCAAUUCACACUCUGACAAAAGACAAGAAACAAGAGCUAAGAAUAGAUUUGGGGAGAUUCUCUCGACAAAAGGCACACGCAACUUACUCCACAUUUUACAUCGAGAACGAGGCUGAAAUGUAUAAAAUAACAGUAGGGGGAUUCAAGGGAACCAAAGGUCUUGGUGAUAGCUUUGGCCGUUAUACCAAGAUGAAGUUUAGUACCAAGGACAAAGACAACGACAGUUAUUCUGAAUAUACGCUCUGCAUUUUCGCUUAGACGAAGCAAUGAAUAUAGUCAUAACUUCUGAACUUCCGAGAAACUGUGAAUAAUAAUGAUGACGUUCAUUAGCUUCUCAGAAUUUUUGCACACUGCGGCUGACAUGUAUAUAUAAACCCAAGAUGUAAGCUCUAACAGCAAUUCC